AUGAGUUUAAUCAAUCAAGAAAAAAAUAACAUCAAACAUAAAUCUGGUACUAUAGAUCAAAUGCUUGCAUCAGAAUAUUUCUAUAUUAUUUUUAGGUACCUUCCAACCAACAAAGAUUUAUAUUCCUGUAUUUUAGUCAAUAGAUAUUGGGCUAAUUGUGCCGUACCAAUUCUAUGGGAAUCUCCUUUUAAAAUCAAUGAUGAAUAUAAUCUAUUACCUAAAGUGAUUCAAAUCUAUCUCACAUUCAUACAAACUGAGAAUUCUCAUAACGAUCCUUUAUUUAACAGACCACUUUAUGAUUACCCAUCAUUUCUCAAAGAACUCCCAUUUUACCGAUUUCUAAAUUCUGUUAUAGCAAACAAUUGCACUGAAACACAGAUAGUUGAAUUAUUUAAAAAUUUUCAGAUGCAUUUAGUAAAGUUACGUCGGUUUGAUCUUAGCCAUCUACAUCUCAACUUCAAUGGAUUAAUAGCUUAUAGAGUUCUUCUUGAUUACUCCUCAAUAUUUAAUAGAUUGUCAUAUUUAAAUUGCACAUAUAAUUGGGAGGUUAAUGAAGCCCAAAAAGUCCAAAAAGCCCAGAUCUUUAAUGAAUUAGCAAAAAGCUGUCAUAAUAUUAGAAAUCUAAAGGCUACCGUAAGGUGUAAAGAAGAAGGAAUUGCACUUGCGAAUCUUAUAAGCUCUCAAAGAUGUUUAAAAAAAUUUUCUCUAGUAAAUAGUAAUAUCUUUGCAUCAUUUUCUGUUCAAUCUCUUCAAAGUCAAACACGAUCGCUUAAUAGCUUAACAUUCAAAAACAUGCAUCAUAGUAAUUUAGGUGUUAAUGCAAUAUUUAGAUAUACCACAUUUCAAUUAAAUGAGAAAGCUAUUUCUUCACUUAGUCAAUGCACAAAUAUUACUGAACUAAAGUUUAAACACUGUGAAGGACUUAUCUACUUUCCUAUUAAUUCCAUAUUCCGGAAUUUAACAUCUCUAGAGUAUACUUAUGGAAGUUACCCCAUUAUCGGUAAUGCACCACCUAUUGAAAUAUUAUCCAGUCUCAUCAAAAUGAAUGGUAAAACUAUUGAAAAUGUUACCUUUGAUUGGCAAUGGCAUUAUAAUGAUCGCACUGACUAUAUCCAACUUAUCAAAAAUAUUGCUGAGUGUACAAUGAAUUUAAAAUAUUUAAAAGCACCAAUUUAUACGUUAGAACAACUUGCUUUAAUCCUUCAUACUAAAAACCAGUUAAAAAAACUCGAAAUACAUAUUGACUAUAGAAUUCAUCCAUAUUGUGCACUUUUUCUUUUUACCAACAUGCCAUUCAAUAACCUUAAAAAUUCUAUAAUCCAGUUAUAUUUUAAUGGACAUGGCAAUCUUCGACCUGAAGUUAAUCAGUUAAAACAAGUGUUUGAACAAAUUUUUUAUAAAAAUGAUCAAAUUAGCAAUUUUGUUUUAUAUCAACAAAAUUGGCCGAAUCUUUCAAAUGAUAAUAAAGAAAAAUUAAUAUAA